AUGCGAUUUGAGUUAUUGCUUCUCGUCGCCGCCGCCGCUGCCAACGCGAUUCCCAUCGAUUUCGAUUGUCACGCAUUCAUCAGCGAGAUUCGCGGCAUCGACACAUUCGGUCGAUCGCAUCGGCAUGCGUCGUCGUUUGUCAAGAUCGCGCUGCCGUCGGAAUGCGUCGACAUUCGAAUGCCCAAGACCGAUUUGGCCAAUUACGCGCUGAUGGUGAUUGAGGCGCCGAUUGGCUCAAACUCCGACAUGCCUCUGGUUCGAGCAUACAUCGAUUGUGGUGUGGAUAGUGUGCCGUGUAGAUGGGCACGGACCAACAAACCCGAUGAGGUGUCUGUGCUUCUCAACGCCAGCCAAACACGUCCCGCCUAUCAUCCCUACUUUGUGAUCAGCGCUCAGAACAAGGUGGAGAACUACACAACCGAUUUUGUCCUUCGGAAGCGAUCCGUCGGUCAGGCGUGGACGACGAUCCAAUCGACGCACGCCGACACCUAUCACGUCUACGUUCUAAUGCGAUUCGACGAUUACGGCGCACGCCAGAAAAUGGCCGCCAAGUACACGACCGGUUUGAUACUCGACAUGCACGGAAGGGCGAUUCGAAGGCCGUCGGUUGAGUUGAAGGCGAUCUCGCAACACAUUCAAGAUAUUGCCGUGUUCGUCGACGCACGCGUGCAUCGUCGUCGAAAUCGCCAAACGACGACGUCCCUCGAAGCGCUAUCAGCAAUGUUCAAUCGUCACGUGUUGAUUUAUGCGACGCCGUCGGCGAGUCGAUGUUUCGCGAUACCAGUCGCUCGUGUCGCCUAUCGAAAAUUUCGCAAAGAGGCGGCGCGAACGGCGAUGCCGAUUUGGGAGGCGACCGACGACGCGCCGACGCCCGGCGCAUCGAAUCGUUGUCGAGGCGACGGGCGUCGGCUCGAGUUGAUUCUCGACAAUCCACGCGAUCUUCGACGAUACUCGAGAAACGGCAACAACAAUGAGACACUCGAGGAGGCUAGUGAUGGAUCGUUCUUGAAAUGGUACGAGGAUCACAAGGACGUGCUUGAUUCGUCGCUGGAGAUCACCACCGAGAAUAUGGGAAUCUUUCUUGAUCGUUUACUGGCGAAAUCGGCAGAUUUAGAGAUCGGAGCUCUUCCAACAACAUCGAUUCCGAUUCACUACCUUCAAACGCGGACGAUCAUCUACGCGAUGCAAUGCGACGAUAAUUGGGUGUUGGCGCGAUUCGAGGCCAAUCUCGCCACACUCUACAUCUACGAUCCGAGCGGUCGGAAUCGCGACGAGUGCGCCGAGCGAGUCACCGACGCGUUGGUGUCGCGCGUCGACUUCACCGACGGCUAUCCGCUCUACAUCGAGCACGUCUGCGUCGUCCGCAAUUAUCACGACGUCAAUUAUAGAUUGCGCGACGCGACGAACAGCGGAACACUGGUGGCGAUGGCGGCGACACGUUUCACCGGCGUUUUGGAUCUCAUCGGAUCGUCGGAGUUCAAUUCGCUCACAUUUGACGACUAUCAACGGACCAUCAAGGCGUUCAGAGCUUUUAUGAUGUUUGGUCCCGACGUGCCGCCGACACCGUCGGACUCGUGGAUUCGCAGCUUUUGCGCUUACUUGAGAAACCCGAGGGAAUGUGAGAAGCGCGGCGGCGGAAAACCCGAAAUUGAAAUUAUUCGUAUGAUGAGGCCAUAUUUGGAUUAUGAACAAUGA